AUGAGUGAACCGGAGCCAACAGCGUUAUGGCUUCCUGAUGAGGUCCUCUUUGGUAUCCUGUCCAUGCUACAGGAUAGUGACGACCCUGAUGCACUGUCCACCAAAGAAGCAAGAAAAACCCUCUAUAACGCUUCCUUGGCAUCCAGGCGACUCGAAGGCCUUGCUCGAAGAGUCUUGUACCGACGCAUUGAUGCACGGUCAUCAAAGUGUCUCUUAACACUUGGCCCAAACCCUCAUCUGUGUCGUCUGGUUCGAGAGCUGUAUUGCCCUUACGAUGCGGAAGUGGUCGAUUCCUUGCUACACCCACACUUUCGAGAUUACAUAUGGCUCCCAUCUUCAUGGAAUGCCAGCUUCCCGGGUUGGCUCGAAAGUGAAUAUGGUCGGCAGCAAUACUACGACCGGGCAACAGCCUUCUGGCUACAGAGGCUGCCAAACGUCAAUAGGCUCACUAUCAGCCUGAACUACAACAUGCAAGCCUUGACGGAAAUGGUACAAAAGAGCUUGAACGGGCAGCCAAGGCGAUUCCCGCGGUUGACGAGAAUCGACUUCAAGCUUAGUCCAAGCGGUAUACCAGCAUGCAUUCAGCCGAGCUUGAUUCUGUUCCAGCUGCCGUUUCUCAAAACAGUGACCAUCGACGAUAUGUCUGUUGCUAGAGCCAACAGCGAGGACUUGGAAAUGCCAAAGAAUGCCUGCAAACGGCUUGAAAGGCUUGAAGCCGACUUUUCAUGGAUCACACCCGGCAGCUUGCGAAAUAUGCUAUCCGUUUGCGAGAGUCUCCGCUUCCUGGACAUCAAGGUCAGAACAAUGUUAUCAACAAAGUGUGAUCCAUUCAAAUACCGCCUGGGUGACUGGAUCCAGCACUGCCAUGCCUUGGAAACUCUUGACAUUCAGAUCAAUGCAUCUAGGCGGUGGACAGACGGUCUGACUGGUGGGAGGGAGGUCCAGGAGCACACGUGGGCUGCAAACAACGUCGGAUCACUCCAGAACUUGACUCGUCUGAAGAGGUUCUCCUUAAGUGUGGAACUUCAACACCUGACGGUGCCAGGACCCUCUGUUCCUCCUCCCAGUCCGUCAAAGCCUGACUUUGAGCUCAUGCUUCCAACCUCAAUUGAGCAUUUUGAGAUCAAGAAGAUCGGCAUUCCAGACUACAAGGAAUUUGUCACGAACAUACGCAAACUACUCCAGUCAGAGCGGCUGAAGAAUUUGUAUCAUGUAUCCGUGGCAGCUAACUUGAAGCCGCAUCAUCUCGCACAACUGAGCUGGGAUGUACGAUUGCGUAGGUCCGGCCAGUCUAAAAAAGUCAUUCAUUUGGUGCACGAAGACCGUGAGAAGAGAGUCCGAUCAUCGUAUCAUGAGUAG